UGAACAGGACCAAUGUACUACAAUGGAAUAUACCAUUUCUUUUACCAGUACAAUCCCAAAGGCGCAGUUUGGGGCAACAUUGUGUGGGCCCAUUCGGUAUCGACGGACCUCAUCAAUUGGAAGCCACUUCCUCCAGCAAUCUACCCUUCAAAGCCGUUCGAUCAAUACGGUACUUGGUCUGGGUCGGCCACAAUUCUCCCAGGCAACAAGCCCAUCAUACUCUACACUGGGAUAAUUGAUAAAAACAACACACAAGUCCAAAACUAUGCAAUACCCGCCAACUAUUCGGAUCCAUACCUCCAAAAAUGGAUAAAACCCAACAACAACCCGUUAGUGUUCCCGGUCGGUGUGAAUAAAACUGCUUUCCGUGACCCGACAACUGCAUGGUUCGGCAAAGAUGGGCAUUGGAGGAUUUUGGUGGGAGGAAGGAGAAAACAUAGAGGGAUGGCCCAUUUGUAUCGGAGUAGGGAUUUCAUGAAGUGGACUAAGGCCCAACACCCAUUGCAUUCUUCGGCCAUGACGGGUAUGUGGGAAUGCCCAGACUUUUACCCGGUAUCUUUGGAUUCUGAAAAUGGGUUGGAGGUUUCUGUGAUUGAGGGAAAUAUUAAGCAUGUUUUAAAGGUGAGUUUGGAUGAAACAAGAUAUGAGUAUUAUACAAUUGGAAAAUAUUUCUCGAAGAUUGAUAAAUAUGUACCAGAUAAUACAUCCGUUGAUAGUUGGGCCGGGUUGAGAUAUGAUUAUGGAAAUUUUUAUGCAUCAAAGACAUUUUUCGAUUGUGGAAAGAAUCGGAGAAUCUUGUGGGGGUGGGCUAAUGAGUCAGAUACUUCUAUUGAAGAUGUUAAAAAAGGUUGGGCUGGAAUUCAGACAAUUCCGAGAAAGGUCUGGCUUGAUAAAAGUGAAAAACAGUUAGUACAAUGGCCGGUUGAAGAAUUAGAAACUCUAAGGAGGAGAAAGGUUCACCUAAGUAAUCAAAAGCUCAAUUUGGGAGACCAUGUUGAAAUCAAAGAAAUUACAGCUGCACAGGCUGAUGUUGAAGUGACAUUCUCAUUCCCAAGUUUGGACAAAGCUGAGGCAUUUGACCCUAGUUGGGUUAACAUGGAUGCCCAAGAACUUUGUAAACACAAGGGUUCAACUGUUCAAGGUGGGGUUGGACCAUUUGGGCUUCUGACAUUGGCUUCACAACACCUUGAAGAAUACACUCCUGUUUUCUUUAGGGUUUUUAAGGCCAAAGACAAUCAUGUAGUUCUCAUGUGCUCUGAUGCUACAAGUUCCUCUUUGAAGAAAAAGCUGUACAAGCCAUCAUUUGCAGGUUUUGUGAAUGUGGAUUUAGCAGAAAACGAACUUUCCCUUCGAAGUUUGAUUGAUAAUUCUGUUGUGGAAAGUUUUGGUGCCGGAGGAAAAACAUGCAUAACAUCUAGGGUUUAUCCAACCCUAGCAGUAUUCAAGGAUGCUCAUUUGUAUGUAUUCAACAAUGGUACUGAAACGGUCACAGUUGAGAAUCUGGAUGCCUGGAGCAUGAACUAUCCUUUAAUGAAUUAAGUGGAGAUGUAAAAUAAAUAAAUAUGACAAGGGUUAGUUAGACCAAGAUCCUCUCAAUUAUUACUAAGUAUCAUUUUAUCUACUUAUCUAUGAACUUGUACAUAUUGACCCCUCCAAUUAUAAAAAUUUUACAAAUAUACCCUUUUUUGAGGUGAUCCAGAGGAGAUGAAACUGAUAUAUUUUUAAAGUUGAGGGGAUCAAAAUUUACGGGUUCAUAUAUAAGGGGAGAAAUUGAUAUUUCGCUAAUAAUUGAAGGGAUCUUGGUGUAAGUUACACGUAAGAUAAAGUUCUUACUAAUAUCUUCAUAUUGUUAUAUUUGUAUGGUUUUAUAUGGACCUAAAAAAUAGUUAUUAAGUACCUUGUCAAAAUUUAUGAGUUCCAGUCUAUGUUCCACAGUUGAAAAAAAGGAUGUAGAAAAUGGUGAAAGUUGUGAGUAAAUAAGUACUGGAUUUUAUUUGGGUAUUUCUUUUUCAAACCAAUAAUUACUUGCAAAGAAUCAUCAUAAA